AAGCUCGUUGCGAGGGCCGAGCAGCCUCGGCCGGGCUGUGCAGCUGCGGCAGAAAACAAGGGCUCCGCCAGGGCUGCUCCCCCCCCUCUCCUCCGGCGGCAGCGCUCCUUCUCAUCCCCGCCCGUGGCUGCCCCGAUUUCCCCGCCUCGGGCGCAGCUUCUCCAGCGGGGCCUGCGGACGGCUUUGCGCUGCCAACCUGCAGCCCGUUCUCUCUAAAGAUGGAGCGAGUUUCUCUCCGGGCUUUGUGCGCCUCGCGUGCCUUUUCCUCUUUGGCACCAAGUCGGGGCGGGGGAGACCAGGCGGAGGAGGCGCCUCCAAAGUUGAAUUCGGCAAAGCGCCUUUCUACAGCAGCUGGGCAUGUCGUGCGCGCGCGCGCCUGGUGCCUGUGUGCGCGAAGCCCCCCCGGCCCCACAUCCCGCCGCCGCUCGGGCUCCCUUCUUUCUCUGCCAUUGCACCAGUCCUCCAGCCCCCCCCCCCCGCCGCGUCACAAACACAAGCCCGCAUUGGGCUGGCAGAAGAAGAGCUCUUGCUGGCUCGCAGGGGCGGCGGCCAAAGGCGGGCGAGCAGAGCAAAGAGACCUCGGGGCGUCGCAGAUCUGGCGCAAGGAAGCGUGUGUGUGUCGGCGCGCCCCCGCGCGCGCGCGAGCGAGAGAUGCCUGUGUGCGUGAGUACGUCUGGGCCGCGCCUGCUUCAUCCCGGGCUUCCGCCGCGCGCCCCGUCUCGCUCGCCUCGGCCCGAUUGCGCGAGAGAGAGAAGGCGAGAGAGCGCGCGCGAGCGGGGGGAGGACGAGGCGAGUCCUUUGCCGCUUGCUUCAAGGGCCGCCUCCCCUUCAGAUGGCCUUCAAAAACUUUUUUAUUAUUAUUUUUAAAACAUGGCCAAAAAGGACCACUGCUCCCCUUCCCCUUGGCUGUAUUUUUAACUCCUCUUCCCCCUCUUACAAUAUUUGGAAUAUUUUUUCAUCUCCUUUACUGCACUUUGCUUUGAGGUUUAAGUACUCCCCCAAACCCUGCUGUUUUCUCUCGUUAUCUGGGGGUUUAUUUCUUUUGACCAACCCAGCUAUGAAAACGUGAUAUUUUUAAAAUGUUUUUCCUUUUCUGAAUAGAAUGCUGGUGCUUUCUCCUUCCUCUCCCCUUUUUCUCUCUCUUUUUCUGGAAUGUAUAAGAGAAUCUCCCGUGUGGGAAAGGCUAUUCCCGCCCCCCUUUGAAAAGUUAGCCUGAUACAAGUGGAAAUAUUUACAUGUUUUGGUUGCCCAGGCAUCCUGGCAUUUUCUUCUGCUUCUCAUCCUCCACCCUAAUGGAAACACAGGGCUGGUGCAUUAAAAAUGCUACCUCCAGGACAGGUGCCAACUUCAAGGUAAAAAGCAGUAAAAUAGGUGAUAGAAGGAUGGGGAGGGGGAGAGAGCAGACAAUCAGGAAUUACAAAGUCUAUCUGAAAUUAUGAUUGAAUUUUGCCAUCCAAAAUGGGCGAAGGGAAAAGUUGAAAAGAUACUUUUUCUGCAUGCAUUCAAAAGGGGUGAAGAGACUCUUUCUUUCUUUCUUUCUUUCUUUCUUUCUUUCUUUCUUUCUUUCCUUGCCUACUGAAUUAUUCAAACUGUCAGUGGUGAAUCCAGGGACAUUAGCAUGCACCAGGCAUGCUGUUUGUCUGUUUGCUAACAUUCUUCAUUCAAGACUUGUUAACUGCCAGACAAGCUUAACACGCUCUUCUCUCCUCCUCUCCCCCCUUUCCUUUCUCAUUCUACCUCCCUCCCUCACAGUGUCUUUCCUUCUCUCUCAUGCCACCCCUCUCUGCCUCUUCUAUUGUUGUUGCUGGGAGCUGGCAGCCAGGGGGGCAGCGGUGGCAGGGGAAAGCAUGUGGCUGCGAGGCUGGAGCCCUGUGGUUGCUAGGUAAGGACCGCCUUCCCAUAUUUGCCAGGCCUGUGAGCACUUGCAAAAUCAAGAAAUGCCACGGAGAUCACCGAGUGUCUUCCAUCUGCUUUCACAGGAGACCGCAGAACUGCAAGGUGAACACACUGUCGUCCUCUCUCUGCUUCUUGUCCUUGUGGCUGGAUUCCUACUCUUCCCCGGGUAAGAGUCAGUCCCUUCCUUAGAUGCUUCUGAUUAUUAUGUCGCAACAUUUCACAUUUAGCAGCAUUCACAACAGAGUGGGGGAACCGAGUAAAAUUGCCGAGAGGAAAACGACGUUUAAUCACUCAGAUUGGAUAUUGGUGGAUUGUCCUAGGAUUCACUAAGUUAGACCACCUAACCAGCAACAUCUUCAUUGGCCUAGCCGGGUCUCAGUCCGGCUUGCUAAAAAUGACGGCUUUUAGAUUUAAGGAUGUUGUGUAGUUACUGUUGGUUUUUUUCUUCAAUUUCUGUGCCUAUCGUUUUCAUUCUAUCAUUUUGUCAACCUGAUUUAAAACCAGCAACCUUUCAUUUUUCAGAAAAUCAGAUGCAUGGUUUGUUUUUGAAUGCAAAUAUUAUGGGUCUUGUGGCAGUUUUGGUUUUGCUUCACUGACAAGUUUUCAUGAGUGGUGUGUUUCCUUACCUUUUGGUGCGUAGGUGGAGGUAUACAUACAUGAUACAUAGAAAUUAUUAUAUAGAUGAUACGCCUUUUUACCAGAAUGGCACUUUGCAGAGAUAUGGCACUGAAUCAGAUUGUGUAGUCUGUUCUGACUUUUAUUUGACCAUGCUUUCUCUUGGAACUGGAAGCUUUAUACUCUCCCUUAUUGCGAAGCUUUGCCUGUCUGUCUGGUGCACGCUCACAUGUAUCGAGGAACCAAUAGGCUUUUAAAAAACGACAACAUUUAAAACUAUAUUCUUUGGUAACACAAUUCAGUGGCAAUAACCUUUGCCCAAGUAGUGCAAUGACAUGUAUUUAGGCACAUCUGUACCACACGUUAUUUGAUAAGGAGAGGGAUUAAUAUUAUAAUCAUAAAUGUUACAUUAUUUUUGUAAAAUCCCCAGAGGAAUCUGAAGUAUGUCACUGCACUAUGUAUACAUAUUGCGUCUAUGGCCAGUCAUAAUAUAUGGAUGUCUACUUUUUAAUUAUUCAUAACAAAAGCAUUUAUGCAAAUGCUUUUCUUUUUCUUUUUUUACUGGAAACCAAUGUAUACAUCAAAACAACAUGUGGAUAUGGAUGCUCUUUUGAUGAACUUGACAGUCAGCCAGUUUGGCAAACACUGUACAUUUUAGAUAUAUUCAUACUGUGCAUAAGCUGAACAUCUAAUAUGCUUAGUUUUAUUCAUAUUCCCAAUUAAAAUAUGCAUAGAUAAAAAAGAAAGUAUUGUUCUUUGCUAAAUGAAAAAAAUACUUUGAUCGAGCUUUCGUUUCUGAUGUCGAAGCUUCUUCCUCUUUUUUUUUAGACAAGUAUGGGAGAUUUCAGUUUAGCCAAGGAGGAGAAUGUAUUUAAUUGCAAUACAUCUGCUUGUGUAUCUCCUAAAUUUAAGUACACUUUAAAAAAUAGGUGGGGUUGUGAAAUUGCAAAUACGUAGAACAUACUUUCUGGUUUGUAUAGAGACACUUUUUAAAAAGAGACAUUAGCCAAUAUGAGGAUGGCAGCCAUGUAGUAGCUCUUGUGGAGAAUUGUUUAAUGGUAACAUAAUGUAAAAUGCAAAUAAUAACAUCUGUAUCUAUAGCUGGUGUGUGUGUUUAUGCCGAUAAUCUGAGACCAAAGAGAUAAAACAUUCUGGAGGAAAUACAGCAUUGGUUUCUUCAUUGUUCAGAAAGGCCUCUGCCUUCCCCAAACAACGGUAAUAGAAGUGUGCGUAUUAAAUCGCUACCACUUUUUAGCAUUUGUACUUUCAGUAAAUUGCAUCCAUGUCCAAGAUUUUUAUGGCUAUUUUGUUUUUGUGUUAUAUGAAGAAAAGUUAUUGUGGAUACUGAGGGUAAUUUAUUAUGUUGGAAAGUCACAUUUGAAAGCAUACUUAAGAUAAUAUUCUCUUUAAAUUAACUAUGGGAAUUUGGGGGGAUGUGAGAGGAAUUAAAUUGGAUAAAUUGGUAAGAGAUGAACAGGAACAACAUGAUUAGGUUAUUUACUCUUCUGCAAUUUUCAUACCAUUGUAAAGUAAGUACUUGCAGAGACGAUGAUCCUAAGCCAAGUCAGUGGAAGAAAGGCGUAUUGAAAUUAAUGGGAAUAAUUUCAGGGAAUCUUUUUAGGACUAGAAUUCUAGGUUAGUGCCAAGACAGAAAUUAUGAUCAUGCGUGAGUGUGUUCCUGUAAUAUAUAGCAUGUACAGUGUGUACAGAUAAUAAUUGUGAUAUUUAGGUGUUGAAUAUGCUACAAAUAAGUUGGGAUUUUACCUUUCUUUUCCUAACUUUGUCCUUCUCAAGGGUUUGGCAAGGAAAUACUGUGUAUCAAAAAAGUAUUUCCUUCAUGAAAAUCUACCAGCAUUGCAGGUUUUGCUGUACCAAGUACUGAGCAGGAAGGGAUUCCUUAUUUAAAAGUAAAAUUCACACGAGAGCUAGAUAAAGUUGGGAGUCCUGAGCUCCAUUAUAUGCAUUUUGGCCCUACUGAAGCCCUAUCUAUCUGUGUAUAAAAUUGCAGUCAAACACCUCAGUGAAGCACAAGUGAUGCAGCCUUUUUUACAAACCUGAAAUCCCUCUGAUCAGCAGUUUUGGGGGAGGACAGGAAGGGCUGGAUCCUUUCCUCUGGUUCCUCUCUGGAAUGGCUGGUCACCAGGAUUUUAGCUUUUAAAAAUCCACGUGUGGGAAUUACAGGGGCAGCACCCAGUCCUGCACAUGGCUUGCUAUCCAGCCUGGGAGAUGUACACAGAAUCCUUCCUAUCAUGGCAGAAGCAUGUUACUAAAGGCACUACGAUAUACGUAAAAAGCAGAAGGGCAACCAGCAGUAAAAUAAAAUGAGGCCUGAAGUGACCACUUCCUAGAAACAGACAGAUUAUGGUUAGAUAAAUAACCGCAUGUGAAGAUAAUAGCUGAGAAUGGAUGUCCUGAGAGCCUUCGUUUUCUUUUAGAAAAGUAUUAUUUCCUAUUACACCAAGUAUAAUGGAACUGUAGUUAAAAAUUCAGCAAAAGCAUUGGGGGGGGGGGGAGGAAAUAAGCAAGAUCAGGGUAGGUGUAUCCCCCCCCCCAUAGUACAUUUAUUUUAUUUUUGAAAAAUGCGCAAAACAAAGAAAUAACGUACAGUAGUACCAGAAUUUCCCCACAUUUAGUAUGCACAAAUAUAUGCAUACUAAAUGUAUAUACUAGAUGUAUAUACUAUUUUUUUUUAAAUGAUAUUUAUUGAGAAAUUUUUUAAAAUUACACACAAAAAAGAGACAAGACAAAAAAAGAAAAAGAAAAGUAAAACCAUCAUUCUCCAAUUCUCCACUUUCAAUACCUUCUUUCCUUGACCUCCUCCUCCUCCUCCCUUUUCCUGUAUCCUAAUUUAUAAUAGUCACAGCAAAUCCUUUCCAUAAUUUAUAAUAUUCUGUCCUUACAUUACCUUAGUCUAUUUUCAUCUUAUCUUAUAUAUAAAAAAAGUUAUAUAUAUAUAAAAAAGGAUGUGAGGGCGAUCUGGCUGCGACAUCUGUCACCCCAUUGAUCGCCAGGGUUGAUUCGGCUGAUCUGGCUGGCUAGGCGGGUGUCCCCUUCCUCCCUCACCGCUCCAUGUGCGUCCCUCCCGAAGCUGCGUGCUCAGUGGAAGAGGACGACCAUCCCAGAUAGAAGGAGUGUACCGUUCUUCGGUCAAGGGUAUACGAUAGCUGCGCUCCCCUGCUAGAACCUCAAAACAAGUAGAUGUAUAUACUAUUGUACAUCAUCUAUAUAUUCAGAAAACAUAGAUAACUUUUAAAAUGAUAAAUGGAAUUCUCUUUAUUAUCCACAUUUUUCCUGCAAAAAAAGUUCCAUUUUCUUAAAAAUUCACAGCGUCUCAAAUACUUUUGCUUAGCCUCUGUCUUAUCUUCACAGGAUUCUUGUUAUUAUGGAGGUACCUUUCUUCAGCAACAAUGCUCAAGAGUCUUACAUUCACACCCACAGGGUUUCUUGUUUAAGAUAGACUCGUCGUACUCGUAAAGGGGUUGUCUACAGAGUAGGUUCGUGGAGAUCCCAAAUACAUAGCAAUCAGGUAUUGUGAUGGAAAGGGAAAGAUAGGAAUGCGCUGCCAUGUAGUAAAAUGUCCAUGUGAACUGAGUUCAGAAUAGUGAGCCUUUCCCCUGAGAAGGAAGUUAUCAUAGCAUCUUCUGGGCAUUCCAUGAUCAUAUCUUGCCCUGGUCAUAUCCUGAUGCAGCAACUGGUAAUAAUGAGUGGGUUGGUUUUUUAUUACGCUAUCUGUGUGAAAGUGCAGCCAUGCAUUGCUAGGUUAAAAUCUUACUCAAUUGUAUUUUGUAAAGCUGUAUCUGACUGGGCUGGGUUGAGGAAACGCACACAUUUUACAAUGGAAAGAGGUAUUGACACCCAGUAUCCCAAGAGCUGAAGGGCCUGAUUGUAGCGACAUUGAAUUCUGUGUAUGCAUACACACAAACUGCAUAUUAACAUAACGAGAGAUCCUUGUUGAAGAUGACAUACUGGGACUGCUAUAUUAGGUGUAUUGAUAAAGCUAGGUAGAUGUAUAGUAAGGAGUAUGCAAAGCUAAAACUGUGAUUGAAAUUUGAGAAACGCUUGAGUUAGGCCUUGAAUGACUCCAGCAUUGAGUGUACAGUCAAUAGAUACCCAGUCUUUUGGGUAGAUCAAAAGCUGCAUUUAUAUGAUUGAGAAAUUGGUAUUAAAUGCUCAGAUUGGGAUCAUUAAGCACUAGUAAAUCUUGGCUUUCUGUAACAGUUUUUAAGAAUAAAAUUGUAAGUGACAACAGUAUGUUAAACUGCCUUCCUAUUUACUGGGGCAUUAGCUCUUAUACGUAACAGAGGUAGGUAGCCAGCAUGGUGUUCUCUAGAUAUUGCACCACAGCUCACAUUGUCCUUAGGUAACAUGGCCAGUGGUUAGGGAUGAUUGGAGUUGUAGUUCAGCAAUACCAGAGGGUACCAUAUUGUCUGUUCCUUCUCUACAGCAUCCUCGUCACAGAUCUUCAGGAGAAAUCUUGCAGAGUAUCCCAUGAAUUUUAGAAUUUAGACAGGCUUGGAUUGGAAGAGGCAGGCAUUCUUUUGCUGUGACGCCACAGCUGUGGAACUCACUUCGUCAGGAGACUUGUGGGGUCCAGUUUUUGGUUAUCUUCCACAAGAUAAUGAGGAUGUUUCUGUCAGAAGUCAUUAUUCAGAGCAACUAUGUUUUACAAAAUAUUUUGCCAUGGUUUUUAUUAAUACUUUAUUUUGUUGAUCUGUGACCUGCCUGGAGAGUAUACAUUCUAGAAAGUUGGCUUAGAAACAUAAAUGAUAAUAAUGAUAUAUACCUUGUGGUAAUUUGCACCCUUUUGCAAGCAUUCUUUGUGGCUUCUGUUGAAUCCAUGCCUGUGUCAGAAAAACUAAGUCAGACAAUGCAGGCCUUCACUUUGUAGUUAAUAAGGGAUUAUAUGCACAAGAGAGACAGCUGCAAAGUGGGUUCCCUUAAUGUUUUAAUUUUUUUUAAAAAUCCUUUUUUAAAAAUUGUUUUAUUUCCUACUUUGCACACUAUCUUUCUCUGGACAAUUCCUGUGGAUUUGAUUCCUUUUAGAAGUGUAUACAUUGGCCUAAUACAGAUGUAAAUAAUAGUUCCCAAACAUACAGCACAGAAUCAUGGUUUAGGUCAGUAAGCUAAGCUGUGAGGACAUAUAUGUAUAGAAAAGCAUCAGUGAAAAACCUUCCCAUCACUUUAUAAGCAUAUAUAUAUAAAGUAUAGUUUGUGUGGUACAGUUGUUAUCCUUAGCCAUGGUCACUGCAGAUCGUUUGUGUACCAGCCAUAGUUUUCAAAUAUACAGUUGAAACUCGGAAAAUUAGAAUAUCGUGGAAAAGUUCAUUUAUUUCAGAAAUUCAACUUAAAAGGUGAAACUAAUAUAUAAGAUAGACUCAUGACAUGCAAAACAAGAUAGGUCAAGCCUUUAUUUGUUAUAAUUGUGAUGAUCAUGGUGUACAGCUGAUGAAAACCCCAAAUUAACAAUCUCAGAAAAUUAGAAUAUUAAAUGAAAUCAGCAAAACAAGGAUUGCAAAUAGACCAGUAUUGGACCUCUGAGAAGUAGAAGCAUGCAUAUGUACUCAGUACUUGCUUUGGGCCCAUUUGCAUCAAUUACUGCCUCAAUGCGGCAUAGCAUAGAUGCUAUCAGCCUGUGGUACUGCUGAGGUGUUAUGGAAGACCAGGAUGCUUCAAUAGCAGCCUUCAGCUCUUCUGCAUUGCUUGGUCUCAUGUCUCUCAUCUGUCUCUUGGCAAUGCCCCAUAGAUUCUCUAUGGGGUUCAGGUCAGGCGAGUUUGCUGGCCAAUCAAGCACAGUAAUCCCAUGGGCAUUGAACCAGGUUUUGGUACUUUUGGCAGUGUGGGCAGGUGCCAAGUCCUGCUGGAAAAUGAAGUCAGCAUCCCCAUAAAGCUCAUCUGUGGAAGGAAGCAUGAAGUGUUCCAAAAUCUCCUGGUAGACGGCUGCGUUGACCCAGAACUUAAUGAAACGCAGUGUACCAACACCAGCUGAUGACAUGGCUCCCCAAAUCAACACAGACUGUGGAAACUUCACACUGGACUUCAAGCAUCUGGCAUUGUGUGCCUCCCCAUUAUUCCUCCAGACUCUGGGUCCUUGGAUUCCAAAUGAGAUGCAAAAGCUGCUCUCAUCAGAAAAGAGAUUUGGGGAGUACCAAAACCUGGUUCAAUGCCCAUGGGAUUACUGUGCUUGAUUGGCCAGCAAACUUGCCUGACCUGAACCCCAUAGAUCAAAACAUCUUAACUAGAGUAGAGCCAAACUGAGGGAACCGUUUUGCAAAUGUUCUUUAUAAUGCCUUCCCACAGCAGGGCCGCUUUUUGACUUUUUUCUUUUCAUAUGACUCAGAAGGACAUGGAAAUGCUCCCUGGGCCCAGGGGCUGAACUGCUGAUCCCUGCCUUGGCGUCCUGCUGCGCUUCCAUUGGCUGCCCUUACAGCACAUUGGCCUGCCCACCUCAGCCACACAGGGCCCUGUUUCCUCUUGCUGAGUGAGAGGGCAGGAAGGGAAAUAACCACAGUGUGGCACACUAGGACGGCAAGAGUUCGCCCGGUUGUCUGAAUAAUAUAAAAUCCAUGUGAGGCACUGUGACAACAUCUCCUUUAUGACAUAUCAUGUCCCCUUUAAAGCAUGCCUUUUGCCCUGAAAAUAUUUUGGGGUGAGAAUUCCAAGGUAUUGCUAAUCUUAACAUAUAACUCUGAAGACGUGUUGCUUAGGAUGAGCCAUGCCAGCAUGCAGGCUUUCAAAAUGAGAAAUUAUGUGUACUUUGAGGAGUUUGGAAUGAGUAUUGUAUUGAAUUUAAAUUAUGACUCAGAAAGAUGCACGACAAAGACCCAUGCAGCUUGCCAUCCUUUUUUCUGCUGAGAGACAUUAGUAAGCUUUUUUUUUGCUAAGAUAUUAUAGCAUGCUUUGAUUUUCUUUUAACGUUGCUUUUAUUCUUGCUAUCAUUUGCUAUAUGUUUUUGUUCGAAGCUCUCUGACAUAAAGACAUGUAUUGGAGCAGACCCAUCCACUUAGCAGCAGUUUAAGGGCUUCUUUAUAACAUAGUUAGAUCAUCUUGCAACAAACACAGUAUUUCACUUUGCAAGACAGAGUUUUUGUAAAGGGAAGAAAAUAGGUAUCAAAAAGUUUAUUUUGACAAAACAGUUCAUUCUUGGUACUCUAUAGUUUUAGCAGUGUCAGCCACAUUUAUUUAGGAUUUGCGUACUUAUAUCCUAUUCCUCAGUAAAUUUCCUGGUACGUAAGACCCAUUGAUUUUAAGGGAGCUCAUUUCAAAAUGAAGAGCUUGAUCUGCUCAAUCCCUUGCUCUAUCCUUCCCCUCUCCAGCUUCCCUGCCAGCUGAUCUAUGUGCGGAAUUUCCUCUUCCUGACUAGGCCCCUCCACAUUCGCACAGCUGCACACAACCUGCUCACCUGGGAUAGACGGAAAUCAUCCCCUGGCAGGCACAGGAGUGGUGUAUGUUAAAUAGUAAAAAUUAUUCUGAAUAUAGCCGCAAAUUCUAAGUAGGGAUGAAGAUGCUGUUGUUGGAAAAAAUACUGGUUUUGUAUUUGUUACUUUUCUGAGUUUCAGUGUUUAAGUUCCAUAAAAGUUGUUAGGGUUUUUGCAACCAUUGCCUUAUCCUAAUUAACUAUGGCUAAUAAGGUAAAGUCAACAUAAUGAAAGGGAAAUAGUUGCAGAAGCAAUGUUCAUAUGUUACAUGGCAAACCAACUUGCGUUUGUGUUUCAAGUUGAGCCGUACAUUGUUUGAGACCAUGAUGUUGUUUUUCCUACAUUACCAUAUAUUUCUAAAUGCAGUAGCUAAUUUAAUAGGAAAUAAUGUGUAAUACAUAAUUAAAAUUGUAAUUCAUCACAAGCUAAAGUUAUGGAUACGUGUAAUUUCAAUUCCCUCUGCAUAGCAUUAUUGGCAGGUGUCAUGAUAUGGAUAAUAAUAAUCAAUUUAAGAUUUAUUUUUUCUUUUAAGUAGGAAUUGUGUUAUGUAGAAGUCAUAAAUAAAUGUAAAGCACAAAGUAAGCUACUAAAACACUUUGCAUUUUGGUAUUUAAUUGGCAUAUGGUGCAGAAUGAUAUAGAAUUAUCUAUAAUUAUCAUCAUCUCUGUUUUCGAAACCACAGUCUGUUUUCUGUGUUAUAUAAAAAGAGUUUUACCACAGUCCUACAAUUCAAUAUUGUGAUAUAGUACAUAUUACAGUACAGUGGUACCUCGGGUUACAGACGCUUCAGGUUACAGACUCCGCUACCCCAGUAAUAGUACCUCGGGUUAAGAACUUUGCUUCAGGAUGAGAACAGAAAUCGUGUGGCUGCAGCGGGAGGCCCCAUUAGCUAAAGUGGUGCUUCAGGUUAAGAACAGUUUCAGGUUAAGAACGGACCUCCAGAACGAAUUAAGUUCUUAACCUGAGGUACCACUGUACAUCUUUGCUGCCCAUGUUUGUUUUUAAAGUCAGCAAAUUUUGCUAGUCAGUUACUCUUUUGGUAAACCACAGCAUAUUCCAUUCUCAGGCUCUAAUCCGAAGUUUCUUGUGUCUCUUUAUUCCGUUGAGUUUUAAUUGGACUAAUACAUUACUGUAAAGCAAAAAAAAAUUAAGCACAGAUGUAUGCUAUCCAUAAAUGCAGGGAUCCAAGUCCAAUUUCGGAGCUACAUGUCUGGACCUGUGUUUUGAAUAUCUGAUCACUAUUUUUACUAAUUGAAAGAACAAUAAAAUGUGGUUUUAGAGAAUGUUGCCUCCAUAUUCAUGUUCUUAGACUUUGCCCUAUUAGCUAGUUGUAGGAUCUGAGAUGUUUAAAAAUAGGGAGAAAACAUAUUUCAAGGAUAAAGAAGUUGUGCAGUCUCAAGGCUCAAGAGGCAAGUGCACCAUGUUUGACAUGUUACAUUAUUUGUAGUUUAAAUCGCCUUAUUUUUAUUUGCUUUUUGACAAAAAAAGUCUUCAAGGUAUCUUAGAAUGGCAACCAUAAAAUUCCACACCAAAAAUAAAGAUACAUUACACUGCAAUACAGAGUUUCAUUUAUGUUAUUUAUAAAAACAUAUAUAGCUAUUCAUUUUUUAAAAAAUCAGAGCGGUUUAGAAAAAUCAUACAGAAAACCACAUCAUAAAAACCAUAUUGCCAGAUCUUUUGAUUGUGCUGGUGUUGAGGUGCAGGGAGAGAUCCUGAGAUGCUGUGAAGAUGACCCAGUGCCUGGAGGGCCAGGAGGUGGCUGGGACUGGAUGAAGCCUAGCAGACAGAGGAGGGAUGGUGGUGGAAAAACGUGAACGCUCCCAAGACAGGCAAGAAAUAACCUGUCCCACUGCUUCUCCCUUCGUUCUCUGAGAUUGUACUCCUCCAACUGCAUCUGCAGAUCUUUAGCGGUGGCAACCAUGGGACGAUGACAUCCAAGAGAAAUAGCACCAAAGAAAACUUCAAGACUGGUCUUCGAUACUUUAGAGGAGCAUCACCCCACCCCACAUAGAGACUGAAGCUUUUUUAAAAGCACUGUAGGAGAAUGGAGGGUGAUACCAAAAAAUGACAUUAACCUCUGAAAUUUGCUG